UCCCCGAUCUGGCUCGGCCGGGAAAAGUCCCAGUCCCAUCGGUAGCUACUUACCUUCCUCACUCACUCUAAUAAUUCUCCGGGUAACAGACAAAUUUUCCGAUUUUGGAUCGAAGAUUCAGAUCUUUCAAUGCCUGGAAAGCUGCACAAUCGUCAUUCAUCCAGCAGAUGUAACUUGAGAUUCGUAAUUCUCGCCGCCGCCCCCGCCGUCGCCGUCGUCUUUAUUCUGUUCAUCUGCUCCGUGUACUUCUCAUCCGUCAGGCCCUCGGUUACCUAUUCGGUCCAGACGGAGAGGUCCUUCGUCGCUUCCUUGGAGCAUUUUUUGACACAUAAGGCGCCUAAGCUCUCGUCACACGUUAUAGAUGACACGGUGCGUGGUGAGAGUGAUCAUCUAGCUAGGAAGCUCGACGAUUUGGUGUUUGAGAGAGAGAAUCGGCUUUUGAACGAAGAUCCCGUGGGGUUUCCGGUUAAGGUCUACGUUUACAAGAUGCCGAAGAAGUUUACCUACGAUCUUCUUUGGUUGUUUCACAAUACUUACAAAGAGACUUCGAAUCUCACCUCUAAUGGAAGCCCUGUGCAUCGCUUAAUCGAGCAGCAUUCUAUAGAUUACUGGCUCUGGGCUGAACUGAUUGCUCCUGAAUCUGAAAGGCGUUUGAAAAGUGUUGUGAGGGUCCAUAAGCAGCAGGAUGCGGACAUUUUCUAUGUUCCUUUUUUCACUACAAUCAGCUUUUUCUUGUUGGAGAAGCAGCAAUGCAAAGCACUCUAUAGGGAAGCUUUGAAGUGGAUCACUGAUCAGCCUGCAUGGAAAAGAUCUGAGGGAAGGGAUCACGUAUUUCCUAUUCACCAUCCCUGGUCUUUCAAGUCUGUCCGCAAAUUUGUGAAAAACGCAAUCUGGCUUUUGCCAGAUCUGGACUCCACUGGGAACUGGUAUAAGCCCGGGCAAGUUUCGCUGGAGAAAGACCUAAUUCUUCCUUAUGUCCCCAAUGUGGAUCUUUGCGAUGCCAAGUGCCUGUCAGAGAAUUCACCAAAGAGGACCACUCUUCUUUUCUUCCGAGGCCGACUUAAGCGGAACGCUGGAGGGAAAGUGCGUGCCAAACUCGGUGCAGAGUUAAGCAGUGCUAAAGAUGUGAUCAUUACAGAGGGCACUGCUGGAGAUGAAGGGAAAUUGGCUGCUCAAAAGGGCAUGCGCAGAUCGUUGUUUUGUCUGUGUCCUGCUGGUGACACACCAUCCUCUGCGAGGCUGUUUGAUGCCAUCGUCAGUGGAUGCAUACCAGUUGUAGUUAGCGAUGAGUUGGAGUUACCUUUUGAAGGACUGCUUGACUACAGGAAGAUUGCUGUGAUUGUUUCUUCUGGUGAUGCUACCCAGCCUGGGUGGCUUGUGAAUCAUCUGAGAAGCCUUAGUCCCUCCCACAUCAAAGGAUUACAGAAGAAUGUAGCUAAAUACUCGCGGCAUUUCCUAUAUUCCAGCCCUGCUCAGCCUUUAGGUCCAGAGGACUUGACAUGGAGAAUGAUAGCAGGAAAAGUGGUGAGCAUGAAGCUUCACACGAGGAGGUCGCAGCGAAUGGUGAAAGGAAGUAGGAGUAUAUGCAGAUGCGAUUGCUGGCAACCCAAUUCCACAGUCUCCAAUCCUUUGACUCGUGUCUUAUCUUAAAGGCCGAAUUCAAUUUUCCUUAUGUUUGUUUCCCGAUUUGUCCUUUUGAUUUGGGGUUAGGAAAUAAUACUAUAUAUUAUGAGACUUUUUUGUUUACAUAUUGUUGGUUGGACCAAGUUGUUUAAUUUUUUUAGUAUGGGUUCGAAAUAGGAAUAUACGAAUGUUAAUGUCACCGCUAUCUGGCUGGCUGUAUACAUAUAUUUUGUAUUCAUUCGUUCUGUUUACAAAAACACGCGUUAUAUUACGCAGAAAAGAAGGAAAAAAUGUCAUUUUAUAAACGGAAUAUCCC